AUGACUUGCGACUACGGGACGAUUUGCCGUCAUUAUCACAACGGCGGAAUUCUACAUUCUUGUGAUACAUAUGACAAGGAAAUAAAAGAUUUACAGUCAGAAAAUGAGAAACUCAAGGCGGAAAAAGAUGAUCUUAAGGUGAAGAAGAAGUCUCUAGAAUCCGAGACAGAGCAACUUGAAUCAAGGGCUCUUGAACUUGAGUCAAUCAAGUUUAAGACUUAUACGGACGGACUAGCUAUUCAGAAGUUUUCAAGUUUUCUCGAUUCAGAGAUAGUCACUAUUCACGUUGGCCGUGAACGCAAAAGAUAUACGGUCCAUGUUGACACAAUUCGUGGGGAGUCUGCUUACUUCGGGGAAUACUUUUCCCCUCAAAGUGGAAAGAUCUGGGAAAAAACAGUAAUUCUGGAUACAGAAGUUGACAAUGCCGACGCCUUUGGCAUAUUCUUGCAGUAUUGCUACUUGGGCACAUACGCCCUAGACAAUAGAGACGACGUGAGCUUUCCCUACAAAGAGCGACAAAAUUGGUGUUACGGGCAUAAUAUGCAAAAAGGCGGCGGCGAGUUUUCAGAUAUAUAUCCAGAUGUCUUGGAAGCGAUACGUGUAGUUUAUACAUAUACGGUCGACCUCAAUUCCGGAAUUCAGCCACUCAAAUCCUCGACUACCGAGACCGGUGAUUGUAAAGAGAAAGAAAUCGUAUUAAGAGAUGGGUUUCGACUUUUGCUAGCACGUCUUGCCGCGGCAUACUUGGUUGAUCUACGGCUGAUUGAUGCCUUUGUGGAAGAGCUGCACCACUCUUUUCCUGACUUUAAUACAGACAUGUUGCUGUUUAUGAAUGAUGGGCCGAAACCAUUGACCAAAAAGAUCAUGGACAUUUCUUCGGAAAGAGCAUUACUUUUAGGUCUUCAGGCGGAUUUGAAAACAACUGAUACUGCCCAGUUGCAGAGAAAGAAAGUUUUGGGAUUCAGCGGUUUAUUCAGCACAGACACAUAUACAGUGUUCGUCGGUGAAAAUGCCCAACGAUUCGAUGUCCACACAGGAGCCCUCAAGUGCUCAGACUAUUUCCGAAAGCUUGCAGUAUCCAACAUGGAAGAGGCAAACCAAAAAACAGUAUAUCUGAACAGCGAAGUCGAUAGCGCGGAAGCCUUUGAUAUGUUCGUACAAUAUUGUUAUUUUGAAGAUUACUUCUACGAUGAGAGCCGGGUCGAUAAUUUAGUACACCACGCGAGAACAUAUCUAUUGGCAGAUAGACUAGGCUGCAUUGGCCUCAAGGAUCUCGCUCUCCAAAAGGCAAAUCUGCUCUGCUAUACAGCAUGCUCAAGUCCAGAUAUACCCGUACCCGAUGAGCUCCUCAUCAUGAUCCCAAGUGCCGUCGCCCUGAUUUACGAGAAUACGUACGAUGUUCACGGUGGGAAGAUAUCCAGAACAAUUGAGAUAAGCGGCACGGAUGCUGCUGGCGAGCCGUCUGACACAGUGGAGGAAAAGAAGAAUGAAUCAACAACCACAAAGGAAGCAAUACCGGAGAAAGAUAGGGAAAAGUUUCGACUGCUCCUCGCUCGGUUCGCUAGUGCCUACCUUUCCAAGUUACGUGAGCAGAAGGCAUUUAUUGCGACACAUCAUGCGUUCCCAGACUUUGCGACGGAUGUAAUGUUGUUAGCCACGGGUGGUGAGAAGAUUUAA